AUGUCGAGAAGAAGAGGUCGAACGGGAGGAGAGGUUCGCGGGCCGAACUCGGCUUUGACAGAGUUUUUGAGGGGCCAGGGGAUUAGUGCGAACGAGAUUCGGGCGAGACAUUUGGAGCGCCAGGAGCAGAGACUGGCUAUGGAGGCACUGGGGGCUCGUGGCGAGGAGCAGGGAGUGGAGGCUGAGAAUCGUGAGGAGGACUUGGAAAAUGAAGUUCGAGCUCGAGCUGAAGCUGAGAAGAGAAGAAACAGAAAAAGGAAACGGGGUGAGAGUGAUAGCGAUGACGAGGAUGACGAAGAUUUCGUCGAUACUGAAGGUGGUGGAGCUGGUGGAGCUGGUGGUCCUGGCAGGUUGAGAAGUCGAAGAAGACGGCAGACGGACCGAAAUGAAGAGGAGUUGGCGUUGGAUGGUGUGGAUAACUGUGCUCAGUGCAAAUGUCGGUUCACAGUGACUGUUUAUACAACCCAAACGGCCGACGGAAAAGUUUUGUGUCGCAAGUGUAGUGCCAGUUCUAAAGAAAAAAAGUCUGCCGAUGCUGCUCAGUUGGCAGUUCGUCGCCAGCGGAAAAAGCUCGCGGAAGCUUUGUUGGAUGGGAAAGAUUUAUUGACUAUUCCGUCUCUGCAAGAUCAGUGUAUAGCCACAGUUGUCAAGUAUAUUGACGAUGUCGAGGCUCUUGGAGAUAUCGGCGCUAUUAAUUUACAAAAGAUAUCGCGGAUCAUGACUCGUAAUCGACGACUGACUCCAGUGAUUUUGAAACUGUUUCUUGACCCGUUAUCACGAGACAUCGAGCUCUGGGACUGCUCGUCGCUGACUCAUGACUCGCUACAGUCUAUUGCCUCGUUCUGUCCUCAUUUAGAGAAACUGGUUCUAGGAAUGUGUGGCCAGUUGAAAAAUGAGAAUCUUCUUUAUUAUGCGACAAACUUGCCGAACCUGAAAUCGAUCUAUCUGGACGGCCCGUUUUUGAUCAAUAAAGAAACAUGGAUCACGUUUUUCGAAGCCGUCGGGCCUCGACUCGAGGAGUUCCAUGUCCGCUCGACUCAUAGAAUCGACGAAGAAGUCAUUGCCAACCUAGUGAUUAACUGUCCGAACUUGACUCACCUGACUUUUCAUCGACUUUCAAAUAUUAAAGGCAAUACCGCCAUACACUUAAUUGCCGACCUCGCUCAUUUAGAGCAUCUUGAACUGUCGUAUUUAGGCGAUGAUUACAGUCAGGCCGGCACUGGACCUCCCCCCGUGCGACCUGUUACUGUAGAAGAAGAAGUAGGUCGUGAUAUGGACGAGACUCCCGAGGUACAAGUACAACCGGUUGCUGAAGACCCAGUUGACGUCGUCGCCGUAGGAGAUCCUGAUGCUGAAGACCUUACGGUUGUGACCGACGAUGCCAUUGUGGCUAUUUUGAAUAAAGUCGGCUCGCAACUGAAAACAUUGAUUCUUGACGGGUGUUCGGCAUUGACCGACCGAACUAUCACAGCUGGAAUCAGGCCGUGUUGCGGAGAACUGACGACACUUUCACUGACUUUGUUGGACCAGAUCACCGACGAGGCAGUUGCCGACCUGUUUACAGACUGGACUAUCAACCCUGGUCUCGUUAAAGUGUCUUUUAGAAGAUGUAUUGGACUAGGCGACUCGGCAAUCGAGGCUCUGGUGGACCACAGUCGCGACACGCUCGUCGACCUCGACCUGAACUCGCUGCAGUUCGUGACCUCUCGCGGUCUUUCCGCCCUGAAAGGCACUCCUAACCUGACCACCAUUGAUCUCGGGUUCGUUCGUAGCACCGACGACCGCAUCGUCGAGGCCCUCGACCGGUCCUGUCCUCACCUGGCCCGUGUCGAGGUCUACGGUGCCCCUAAGGUGACUGCCGCCUGUCGCAUCACCCCCGGUCGCAAGCUCAUCGGUCGCCAAAGCGACACUAUCUAA